AUGUUCCAUGUUACAGACACCUCCAGGGAUGUCAACCCUAUUGCACACCUUUGUGUCAUCAGCAAAAAGACAUACCUUACCCUUCAUAUCUACUCUAUUACAGGUUCUGCCUCUAAACACGAGUUUCAGGCUGAGACUAAGAAGCUGUUGGACAUUGUUGCACGCUCUUUAUACUCUGAAAAAGAGGUCUUCAUUCGGGAACUGAUCUCAAAUGCCAGUGAUGCUCUUGAAAAACUCCGUCACAAGCUCCUGUCCCAAGGGAAUGGCGUGCCGGAGAUGGAAAUUCACCUACAGACAGACAGUGAUAAGGGGACCAUCACUAUCCAGGACACUGGAGUGGGGAUGACACAGGAAGAGCUAGUCUCCAACCUGGGGACCAUCGCGCGCUCUGGAUCUAAGGCCUUUUUGGAGGCUCUGCAGAAUCAGGCUGACAGUUCUGGAAAGAUUAUUGGCCAGUUUGGUGUCGGUUUCUAUUCUGCAUUUAUGGUUGCGGAUAAGGUUGUCGUUUACUCGCAGUCUUCAGAGCCUGGAAGUGCUGGGUAUUGCUGGACAUCUGAUGGGUCUGGGCUGUUUGAGAUGGCAGAGGCCAGUGGAGUGAGGCCAGGAACGAAGGUCAUCAUUCAUCUAAAGGACGAAUGUAAGGAGUUUGCCAGUGAGGACAGAGUGAAAGAGGUGGUAACAAAAUACAGCAACUUUGUCAGCUUCCCCCUUUACCUGAAUGGAAAGAGGAUUAAUACAUUACAGGCUCUGUGGAUGAUGAAUCCCAAGGAGAUUGGAGAGUUUCAGCAUGAGGAAUUCUACCGGUUUAUUGCCCAAGCUUAUGACAAACCACGCUACACGCUCCACUACAAGGCAGACGCACCUCUCAAUAUCCGCAGCAUUUUCUACGUACCAGACGUGAAACCUUCCAUGUUUGAUGUGAGUAGGGAGCUGGGAUCCAGCGUGGCUCUGUACAGCAGAAAAGUCCUCAUCCAGACCAAAGCCGCAGACAUUCUACCCAAGUGGCUGCGCUUCCUGCGAGGAGUUGUGGACAGUGAGGAUAUACCUCUGAAUCUGAGCCGGGAGCUGCUGCAGGAGAGUUCUCUCAUUAGAAAACUGCGUGAAGUGCUACAGAAACGAUUGGUCAAAUUCUUCCUGGACCAGUGUAAGAAGGACCCUGAAAAAUACAACAAAUUCUUCGAGGAUUAUGGACUAUUUAUACGGGAAGGGAUUGUUACCACCCCAGAACAGGAUGUCAGGGAGGAUAUUGGAAAGUUGCUGCGGUUUGAGUCCUCAGCUCUGCCUGCAGGCCAGCAGACAAGCAUAACUGACUAUUGCAGCCGUAUGCAGGCAGGAACCCGCAACAUCUACUAUCUGUGUGCCCCCAACCGCCACCUUGCUGAGCACAGUCCCUACUAUGAAGCCAUGAAGAAGAAACAGACAGAGGUUUUGUUCUGCUUUGAGCAGUUUGAUGAACUGACUCUUCUGCAUCUGAGAGAGUUUGAUAAGAAGAAGCUUAUUUCAGUGGAGACAGACAUCGUGGUGGAUCACUACAAGGAGGAAGAGUUUGAGGACAGUAGGGCAGCUUCUGACAAACUAUCUGAGAAAGAAGCAGAAGAUUUGAUGGCUUGGAUGAGGAAUGGCUUGGGGACACGAGUGGCCAAUAUUAAGGUUACACCACGUCUUGACACUCACCCGGCUAUGAUUACUGUACUGGAGAUGGGGGCUGCUCGACACUUCUUGCGCACUCAGCAGCUAGCAAAAACUAGCGAGGAGCGAGCGCAGCUUUUGCAGCCAACACUGGAGAUAAACACUGGGCAUCCUUUAAUUAAGAAGUUAGGACAGCUGAAAGACACAGACCUGGAUCUGGCCAAAUUACUUCUGGAACAGAUUUACGAGAGCGCAAUGAUUGCAGCCGGACUUAAUGACGACCCCCGACCCAUGGUGGCACGCUUAAACGAGUUGUUAACAAAAGCAUUGGAGAAACACUGA